AUGGAUAUAGAUGGUCAUUUAGCUAAUUGUUUUUGGGUUGAUGCUAGAUCUAGGAUUGCUUAUAAGAAUUUUGGGAAAGUAGUUGUUUUUGAUCCUACAUAUCUGACAAAUAAAUAUAAGAUGCCUUUUGUUCCAUUUACUGGAGUUAACAAUCAUUAUCAGUCUAUUUUGUUUGGUUGUGCUCUACUUUGGGAUGAAACUCAAGACACUUUUGAGUGGUUACUUCGUACUUGGCAAGAAGCAAUGUUUAGAGUUGCGCCUCAUACAAUCAUAACAGAUCAAGAUUCUGCCAUAACAAAUGCAGUUGCAACAGUAUUUCCUAACACUAAACACCAUUUUUGUAUGUGGCACAUAACAAAGAAGAUUCCAGAAUAUUUAAGUCAUGUUUAUAAUCAGUAUGCUGAUUUUAGUAGCAAGUUUAGUUGGUGUAUUCAUGGUACAACCACUCCUGAGGAAUUUGAAACAAUGUGGAUAGAAAUAAUGGAGAUGUAUAAUUUAGGAGAAAAUAGUUGGUUGCAGAGAAUAUAUGCAAUUCGUGAAAAAUGGAUACCAGCAUAUGUGCGUACUACUUUUUGUGCAG